AUGAAGAUGGCGGACGCCAAGCAGAAGAGGAACGAGCAGUUAAGGCGGUGGCUGGGCUCCGAGACGGACCUGGAGCCGCCGAUCUUGAGGAGGAGGAAUACGAGGGUGAAGUUCGACGAUGGCGCCGUGUUCCUGGCCGCCUGCUCCAGCGGCGACACCGACGAGGUGCAGCGAAUGCUCGACCGCGGAGCCGACAUCAACUACGCCAACGUCGACGGGCUCACCGCGCUCCACCAGGCAUGCAUAGACGACAACCCAGACAUGGUGACCUUCCUGGUGACGCACGGCGCCAGCGUCAACCAACCCGACAACGAGGGCUGGAUCCCCCUACACGCCGUCGCGUCCUGCGGCUACCUGGCCAUCGCAGAGUACCUGAUCAGCCAGGGGGCCAGCGUGGGCGCGGUCAACAGCGAAGGCGAGACGCCGCUGGAACUCGCCGAAGAAGGAGCCAUGGAAGAGCUACUACAGAAUGAGAUCAACCGGAAAGGUGUCGAUAUCGAGGCGGCCCGCAAGGAGGAAGAGCGCGUCAUGCUGCGCGACGCCCGACAAUGGGUCAACAGCGGCCAGAUCCAGGACACCCGGCACGCCAAGUCGGGGGGAACGGCGCUCCACGUCGCCGCCGCCAAGGGCUACUUGGACGUUUUAAAGCUUUUAAUACAAGCAGGGUAUGAUGUAAAUAUUAAAGACUACGACGGCUGGACUCCUCUACACGCGGCGGCACACUGGGGCCAAGAGGAGGCCUGUCGGAUUCUGGUGGAGAACCUUUGCGACAUGGACGUCAUUAAUAGAAUGGGCCAGACGCCUUUUGACGUCUCGGACGAAGACGUUCUGGGAUACUUGGAAGAACUGCAAAAGAAACAGAAUCUGCUGAUGAGCGAGAAGAAAAUAGACAAGAAGUCCCCUCUGAUUGAAACCUCCACCACCGGGGACAACAACCAAUCGAUGAAAUCGCUGAAGAGCAAAGAAACUCUGCUGCUGGAACAGGAGAAGAGCGCGCCGAGGAUCGAGACACUUGAACCCGAGAAGGUGGACGAGGAGGAGGAAGAGGAAGCCAAGAAAGACGAGUCCAGCUGCUCUAGCGAAGAGGAUGAGGAAGAAGAUUCAGAGUCAGAAAAUGAAGCGGAUAAGAGCAAACCUUCAGUGUCGGUGAGCAACAGCACGACUCCCGCUCCCGCGAGCAUCACCGUGUCUUCUCCGAGCAGUCCUACCAAUCAGCUGACCAGCCCCACGUCGCCUACUAAGAAGGUGGCCACCCAACCCGCCGCCAAAGUGUCGUCCAAAGCGGAGGAUGAUCGCAAGGACGAGUCGCCGUCGUCGUGGCGCCUGGGCCUGCGCAAGACGGGCAGCUACGGCGCGCUGGCCGAGAUCACGGCCGCCAAAGAGGCGCAGCAGGAGAAGGACGCCACCUCCGGGGUGAUGCGCUCGGCCUCCAGCCCGCGCCUCUCGUCCUCGCUGGACAACAAAGACAAAGAGAAGGAGAAGGACAAAGGAACUCGACUCGCCUACGUGGCACCGACUAUUCCAAGAAGAUUGGCCAGCGCGUCGGAUAUUGACGAGAAGGAGAACAGGGACUCCGGCGCGCUGAUCCGUAGCGGCUCGUACACCCGGCGGCGCUGGGAAGACGAACAGAAGAACAACGAAGGAACCGCCUCCACCAACAGAACCUCCAGCUACCAGCGAAGCACGUCCCACACGCUAGCGCUAGGGCGGAGCGGCAGCACGCGGGACGUGCCGGCCAAGUCUUCGUCCACCUCCAGCUUGGACCCUAACACCUGUAACACUAAACCCUGGCAGCCGCCCGCCUCCCACUACCAGUCAUACAGCAUUUAUCGCAGCGGCUCUUUCGGCAGACGAAACGACGACUCGAGCUCCCCGACGACCGCGGCCGCCUCGUCCUCCGCGACGACCACCACCUCAUCAUCGGUUACCUCGCCCGCGGGCCAACGCGGCCCGGGCUCCGCCUCCACGCGCACCGGCUCCGCCGGUCUCACCAGCAGGUACUGGUCUGAGGAGAGCGCGGAGAGGGAAAGGGACAAGGAACGGGAGUCGGCCGCCGUCACCCCCACCAUAAACACUGGCUCUACCACCACCACAACGUCGACCACUACUACCUUUGGCACCACGGGAACGGGCCCCGAACGACGCAGGUCCUACCUGACACCCGUACGAGACGAAGAAUCCGAAUCUCAGAGGAAAGCCCGCUCCAGACAGGCCCGCCAGACCAGGAGGUCCACACAGGGCGUCACUCUGACUGACCUGCAAGAGGCCGAGAAGACCAUCGGCAGGAGUCGCGCCACAAAAAGCCGCGAGGAGGAGAAGCAGGACAAAGAGAAGCAGCAGCAGCAGGAGGAGAAGAAAGAGUUAGAGCUGAAGGACGACGAGUACCGACCAAAAUACCGCAGCUUUGAAGACCGUUACCGGACCACGUCCUCUGCCGCCUCGUCCCCGGUUUCCACCGUCAGCACUGCCUCGGCCCCGUCCUACUCCAGCACGGCGCUGACCCCCGGCUCGCUCAACAGGCCCAACAGCCUGACGGGCAUCUCUUCCUCUUACGGCCGCUCCUCCAGGGAUACCGAGAAAGAAUCGGACAAAAAGGAGGAGGAGAAGGAGGGAGACGACAAGUCUCAGCCUCGCUCCAUCCGGGAUCGCCGGCGGCCCCGUGAGAAGCGACGAUCCACCGGCGUCUCGUUUUGGACCCAAGAUGGCGACGACAACGACCCCGAGCAGCGGUCCGACUCGGAGGAGGGCAGCAUCAAGGGAGAGCCGCCUUUCAAUGUCCACUCCCGUGGCAGGACCGACGGCGCCGCCCCCGCGCCCUCCCUGGACCGCAACGACUCCCCGCUCGGCCGCAACUACGGCGAAAGUCGGAGGACGUACUCCAGCCGGCUGGAUAGAGACGACGCCACCGACUACAAGAAGCUCUACGAGCAAAUCGUUGCUGAGAACGAGAGGCUGAAGGCGCAGUUACGUGACACGGACCUGGAGCUGGCCGACUUGAAGCUGCAACUGGAGAAGGCCACGCAGAGGCAGGAACGCUACGCCGACAGGUCGCAGCUUGAAAUGGAGAAAAGGGAAAGACGAGCUCUCGAAAGGAAAAUUUCUGAGAUGGAGGAGGAACUCAAGAACCUCCCCCAGGUAAAGCAGGUUCAGACUCUGCGUCAGGUUAAGGAGCGGCUGCAGGCCGAGAACCGAGCGCUGGCCCGCGUGGUGGCGAAGCUCUCGCAGGCCGCCUGCGGCCAACUGCCCGCCGUCGACCUCUAA